UAGAGCAUUGCGGGUUACAACGUGCAUGUGUAACAUCGACAGACCCUGGUCAUCGUGAGCUGAAAGCCAACUGCUUGUUAACUAAGGCUGUAGAGCAAACUCAUUAAUCUCUUUCUGUAAGUGGUUGUGGCACCACUAGAUAGGACAGAACACCACUGCCAGAAGGUGUGUGGGUUGCGCAUGGAUAUUGCAUGAGUACGGGGGACACAUGGAGGGAGCAUGAGCUUAGGGGUGUAUGGUGAGUGCAUCAGAAUAGGUGGUGCAAUGAGUGGAUAUGGGGUUGCCCAGGGAUAGAUGAGGAUGGGAUUUCAAGCAUAUGAGUAUGAUGGUUGCAUUAUAGGCAUCAGGACCAUGUGGUUACUCAGGAAUGUGAGGCUGCCUGGUUACAGUUGGUGCAUGGGUGGUAUAUGGAUAUGAGGUAUCGGAGGGUGUGUAUUUGGAUGAACAGUGUGUAGGUAUGGGGUUUGUGCAUGAACAUGGAGUACAUGGGGGAUGUAUAUGUAAGGGAAGUGCACGCAGGUGUUGUGCAUGAGUAUAAGGGGGACAAAUGAGUGGGAAUGUGUGGUUAGUGCCUGGUAGAAGACAAACAGUGUGUGGUGACUAGGAGAGGGGUGAACAGAGAUGAGAGGAGUAAAUGGCUAUGGAUUAGUAUUAGAAAUAGGUCACAUUAUCUCUCCUAUUGUUCAAUACUUCAGCUCAAAGUAAAAUGGGUUAACAUUUUGCUUAGGGAGCAAUUUGAAAAGGGGAACAGAGUAUAAGAAUCCAAUACUACUAGUAACACAGCCGCUCUGUAUAUACUAUAUACAGAGGCUCCUGUUCGUGCAAGCCUAACUUUUUUGUCGGGUGCUGAGGAACACCUUAAGGAAAAAAUAUUACAUUGACGUUCAAAGAAAAGAAGAUAGUUUUGAUUUAUCAGGAACUAGCAGGAAUGAGGCUGAAAGUUCCAGUUUCUAUAUACAUCCUGGAAGCUUUGCUGAACAAAAAUCUGAUCAGUGUCUCAAGCAUAAUUUUACAGAUUGUAAAUUCGAAGCAUCUCUUCGAAUGUAUACAGGAAAUUCUGAAGAAUGUGAAAGAAAAUUAUAGAGCAGCCCAGAAAGACAACAGGAAAUUAAGAUAAUCAAAAAGAAAAUGGCACAAGUAACAGUUAAUGUUCUUCUUUAUACAUAUAAAGGAUUUUCCUGUUCAAAUACAAAUGUAGAAGUUUAAUUUUUGCUUUUAAUUUUCCCCUUCUAUCAGACUUGUAUGUCAUUAAAGUACUUUAAGGUUGCAUCUAACUGCUAUGAAGAUAGGCCUGCUAAAAUCAUUACAAUAAAAAGUAAUGUUAUGAACAAGCAGAAAAGCAAUUUGAUAAAGAAAGUUCCCGUUUUAAUAUUUUAGAAAAAAACCUGAAAAUAAUUAGGAGAGACAUGAGCUAUUUUGCUGCUUUACUAAAGUCUCUCUGAAGAAGAUAACAAUUACAGUCAGAGUUGCAUUAAAUAAAUGCGAUAAUAUGUAUGUUUGUUUUUGUUUUUGAAGGAUGUUGUAACUGACAGACCUUUCCCGGUCUUAGUAAGGAGUACAAAAAGGUAAUGUAUAAAUCACAGUAAAUUCUACUAAGCAUUUGUCUUGGGCCAGCCCACAUACAUCAGCAGUGCAAUAUACUGCUACACUGCAGACCCAGGUAUGACUCAUAAGCCACUGAAGCUUGAGUUAUGGGAGUAACUGUAGUUUAAGGAAGUCAGAUUGAUGAGUUUCCAGAUGGAGUAGAAGUGCCACUGACUUAUCUUUGCUGGAAGAGGAAUAUUUGUAGUGGUGGCUGUGGGGAGGUUUGAGAAGUGUAUGUAUGAAGGAAAUGGUGAGCAUAGAAUAACUGGGUGGGAGAAAAUCUGAAAAUUGCAUGGAAGAGCCUUUAGAUUGGCAUUGCUCUAUGGAGCAUAAUUCGCUCGUGAACCUAAAUCCCGAUAAACAGCCGCAAGCAGGAAGGGUGCUGGCAAUCUCUGUGUAAAAGGACAGGAAGAGGAGACAUCGAUCAUCAUGUAUAGAAAUACAAAACAGACCUCUCUCCAUAAAGAUCAAAUCAAGUGCUGAACUCUCCCUAUUUUCCCAACAGAAACAUAAAUGUAAAAAUAAUCUCUGAAACCACAGCACAGAAAUCCAGUUUAUAACUUCAGAACAAAGAAGUUGCACAGCUUCCCUUCCAGAUUAUCUCAAUUUCCUCCUUCCCCAUACACAUCACAAGAAGAAGUCAUGAGGCUCAUUUCAUCAGCUUCAAAGCUAAUUGUUGCGGCGACUUGUGAAAUCUCUUCGGAGGAAAUAAAGAAGCCAGACUGUGCCUCACCCCAAAAGAGGAAAGAAGCUAAAAAUAUUCAGAGAUUGGACCAUUACUACAAGCAGUGUGCACCUCAUCCUGUGAUCUCUCCAGAUCCCCAUGAAUAUGAAGCUAAGAGCAUUGAUGUAUUCUAUUUUAAAAGUACACGGGAAACGAACAAAUUAGAAGAAUCAAAUGCUGACUUUAUCCAAGAAAAUUCAAGGAAUGAUUAUGGGAAAAAUGUGAACAAAGACAAGAAAGAAGAAAACAGUAGAAAUGUAAAUGGACUGGUCAGAGUUGAGAGAUCAUCUAAUAUUUCCAGUAACAAAUCUAAACAUAAGAGUGUACUUUCUAAAACUUCUACAAGAGCAAGUGAUUUAAAUUCAUUGUACUUAAGUAACAUAUCUCCUUAUGCACAACGAACUGACAGAAGUAAAGCUUCUAAAAAAAAUGUGCUUAAUGAAGGAGCGUCCUCUGCCUUGUGCAGCUCUUCAGUGAUGUCUGAAUGCCAAGAUACAGAGCCAAGAACUGGCCGUAUAUCAGGCAUGACAAGCUUUGCUCACUCUCAGAAAACUAAAAGCAUCUCUAGGUGGCUCUGUAAGUCAUCUGAAUUCAAAAGGCAAAAGUCAGCCCAGGUGCCUAGUAGAAAGCAUUCAGGCAUCAGAGGUAGUAAGUCUAGCAAGCUUUCACAGGGAAGGCCAAUGGAGAACUCCCGGAAUAUGCCACUACAUCAAAAAGAAAGAAAAAAUAGUGAAGGAAACAGGGAAUUAAAUGUUUCCACAAAUGCACAGACCGUAAUCAUAAAUGAAAACACGGGAGAACAAACAGCUUCUGUUGUGGCUCUUAAAUGUGGCAUUCACCACAGCCAAAAUAACACAAGUAACAGCCUUCAUCAGAGACCUCAAAGUAACCAGCACGAAAAAAAGAAGAAAGAUUUGUGUGAAUUAGCUACAGGAAAAAAUACCGAAUCCCAUAAGGUCCAUUUCCAAGGUCCAUUGCAGUUUUCCAGAAAUACUGAACAGAAAUGUAGCUGUGUAAACUUGAAUAGUUGUAACAUAACAAGCGACUAUGGAAUUCAAACCAUUGCUUCAGAAAGUAAAUCUUUAGGGACUGUGACACAUCUUCCAGAGAAUGAAAAUGAAGAACACCUUUCUAGGGUCACACUUGGAGCACCUUCCUUUUUACAUCAAGUUUUCCUGGAAAUGGAGCAAGAUGCAUCACCUACUUCAACUGCAUCUGAGCCUAAAGAUCUGGACAGCAGUUUAGAAAAUAAAAGUAUACAACAAUUAUCUAACCAGCUUUUCAUCCUUAAUGAAUCCACAGGAGACAAGAAGGUUCAGGAUACUAUCAGUAAUGUACAUACAAGUGACAGUAUUUUAACAGACCCAUGUGAUUGGCAAAUGGCACACAUCCCACAGAAGGUUCGGUGUUGUUGCACCUGUGCAGAAGAACCACCUAACUUUAUAUCUGAAACAUCUGAUGAAGAACAAGACAGUUUCUCAGAUUCACCUGUGACAGUAACAAGUUUUUUAGGUGCAUUAGAAAACCAACAGUCAGAAGAGGAGUUCACUGUAUCAUCUGUAUCUGAUAGCCUGAGUCUUGGAUCAUUAUACGACGUACAUGAACAGAUGGAAAAAAACAAUUGUGUUGACCUAAAAGAGGAGGAAAACUCAGACUCCAGCACAGGCCAUCUUGAUCAAAGAGUUCUAGAGGAAAUGCAGAAGAUUAGCACCUCUGAGAGGCUCUCUCAGACAGACUCCAUCCAUUUCAGUUCUACAGAUGAAGAAGGGAGAGUAAAUAUGGAUCGAUCGUGCACAUAACAGUGUCAGUACCAGUCAAGUACUGUAUUUUUGUCAUUUUCCACGUUACGUUAGUACAUAACUUAUCAGGUCAGUAGUAAACUGUUAGAAUAAAAAAUGCUUAAAAUCAAACUUAAGAUGCCAGAGCCAGAACAGAUACCAUAUACAAAUAUUAUGGUGUUUCCUUCUCUGAGUUAGUAGGUGUGUAAUGGUAUCUGUUGCUUUAAAGCAUCACAUAUUGCACAAGUUAAGGCAUAAUAUUUUUCACUUUGGUGACAAAAAACAUGACUUUGAGUUCUCACAAAAAAAUCAUGUUCUUGAUCUACCCAGUCAGCUGCUACUAAACAAGCCUCCAUACAUUUAAUGGCUAGUGUAGUGGAUUAUGGGAUUUUUAAAUGUCUUUAAACCAUUAAAUAUUACUACAUUAAAAAACAAUUAUUGAAAAAUAAAGGAUAUUUGGCCUCUCAACUUCCUAUAACUUCUUAAUUAUCACAGUGGGUAAUAUACUGGUCUCAUUCAGGUCAGUGAAGUUUUGCCUUUGAUUUCAACGGGACCAGCAUUUCUCCCUACAUGUCAUGACAUUUCCUUUUGUAAACUACCUAUGAUUCUUCUCACUUUUUGCCGUCACACACAACCCACCUCAAUUAUGUUUAAUGACUCUUGUUUUGUUGCAAAACUUCAUCAAGGGAUUUUGACAGAGCACCCAUGUGCCUGUUGUGACCAGAAUCAAGCCCUACAUUAAUUUAAGCUGUAAUGAAUAAUUGCUUAUGCUUUUAAAAUUAGAUAAAGUGCACCACAUACAGCUAUGCUGAUUUCUACUGAAUUAAGUUACAUAUUGCCAGCUAAAUUAGGACAACUGCAUGUCAUGCCAACUCCUUUUGAAAGCUAUUGUGAUGACGUGCAACUGAAGACCCAGUCAUGCAAGAUGAGACAUGUGAGGAAACCUCUGCACCCAUGCAGAGCUUCACUGACUGCACUAGGGCUUUGUGCAGGUUUAAGGGUCUGCAUGCUUAGCUCAGCUUAGCUUACAGGACUGGGGGUCUAAAUAGUAUUUACUUUAAAAGUGUAAUAUUUGUGACACACACACCUGCACAAAGUGUUACACCUGAGGGAAUUUUGCACCAAAAAACUAAAAAUUCUGCGCAUUUUGUCAACAAAUAAAUGUGGAGGCUCAAGCAUGAGAGCAGGGACCACAGGGCACUGCCUGCAUCGAGGUGGGAGAUCACUUUGCAGACCCCCCACGCCACAGACUCGACGGUGGGGCUGCACCCACCCUAGCAAAGGCCAGGCCCUGCCCCUCUGCACCAGGCAGGCUCAGCCUGGCAGAAGCCAAGUGUGGAGGGGCUUAGUGUGGGGAGAUCCAGGAACGGGGUCAGAGGAUUGUGUGUGGGGUAGCCUGGGUGCAGGCAGCUCAUUGGAGGAUCUGGAUGCACAAAGGCUCAUGGGGGGUGUUUCUGGGUGCAGGGGCAAUGGGAUUCUGCAAG